ACUUUCUAGGUGCAGGAAUUGGAGAAGUUUAUCACCGUAUCCAGUUUUUUUUAAAAAAAUGUUUUUGGUGUUGGAAAUUAUGUCCAGAUGUCCAUUCAUGAUAAGGGAAAGAGAUGCUGGUCGCAAGUUUUGGAAAACCGUAUUUUUUUAUGGAACAGUGUUCUGUAAAAGUUUUAUAAGAUUCCUUGGCAAUAACACUUGUGAUGGACUCUAGGAAUACUGCUAUGUUAGGAUUGGGUUCUGAUUCCGAAGGAUUUUCAAGGAAGAGUCCUUCUACCAUCAAUACUGGCACUCUGGCCAGCAAGAGAGAAGUAGAAAUAGAGAGUAACACGAAAGAAGAAGAGGAUCCGCGCAAGCGGAAUCGAGAAAGGAACAGUGAAGUAGGAAAAGAUGGUGGUUUGACUGAUGCACAGCAGCAGUUUUCAGUGAAAGAAACGAACUUCUCAGAGGGAAACUUAAAAUUGAAAAUUGGCCUUCAGGCUAAGAGAACUAAAAAGCCUCCAAAAAACUUGGAGAACUAUGUGUGUCGACCUGCCAUAAAAACAACCAUCAAGCACUCAAGGAGAGCACUUAAAAGUGGGAAGAUGACAGAUGAGAAGAGUGACCACUGCCCUUCAAAGUGGGACCCUUCAAAACUGUACAAGAAAGCAGGUGAUGCUUCAGCCAUGGAAUGCCAAUCUGAAGAAAGCGUCCAUCUUCAUUCACAGGGAGAAAAUAAUCCUUUGUCUAAGAAGCUUUCUCCGGUACAUUCACAAAUGGUGGAUUACAUUAAUGCAGCACCAUCUCUUGCUGGCGGUCGGGAUCCUGAUGUAAAAGACAGAGCAUUACUUAAUGGAGGGACUAGUGUAACAGAAAAGUUGGCACAGCUCAUUGCUACCUGUCCUCCUUCCAAGUCUUCCAAGACAAAACCGAAGAAGUUAGGAACUGGCACUACAGUAGGAUUGGUUAGCAAGGACUUAAUCAGGAAACCAGGUGUUGGCUCUAUAGCUGGAAUAAUUCAUAAGGACUUAAUUAAAAAGCCAGCUCUUAGCACAGCAGUUGGGUUGGUAACUAAAGAUUCAGGGAAAAAGCCUAUGUUCAAUGCAGCGGUAGGAUUGAUUAGUAAGGACUCUGUGAAAAAAUUGGGAACUGGCACUACAACAGUAUUCAUUAAUAAAGACUUAGGCAAAAAGCCAGGGACUAUCACUACAGUAGGACUGCUGAGCAAAGAUUCAGGAAAGAAGCUAGGAAUUGGUAUUGUUCCAGGUUUAGUGAAUAAAGAGUCUGGCAAGAAAUUAGGACUUGGCACUGUCGUUGGACUGGUUAAUAAAGAGUUGGGAAAGAAAUUGAGUUCUACAGUUGGCCUAGUGGCCAAGGAUGUUACGAAGAAGAUUGUAGCGAGUUCAGCAAUGGGACUGGUUAAUAAGGACAUUGGAAAGAAAUUAGUGAGUUGUCCUCUGGCAGGACUGGGCAAUAAAGAUGCCUUAAACCUUAAAACUGAAGCACUGCUUCCCACUCAGGAACAACUUAAGGUUUCUUGUAGUGCAAACAUCAAUAAUCAUGAAAGUCAAGAACUUCCUGAGUCUCUGAAAGACAGUGCCACCAUCAAAACUUUUGAGAAGAAUGUUCUGCGGCAUAGUAAAGAAAGCAUGCUGGAAAAGUUUUCAGUCCGAAAAGAAAUUACUAAUUUGGAGAAAGAAAUGUAUAAUGAAGGAACAUGCAUUCAGCAAGACAAUUUCUCAUCUAAUGAAAGGGGAGCCUUUGAGACCUCAAAGCAUGAAAAGCAACCUCCUGUCUAUUGCACUUCUCCAGACUUUCAGAUGGGAGGUGCCUCUGAUGCAUCUACAGCGAAGUCUCCCUUUGGUGCAGUAGGAGAGAGCAAUCUUCCUUCCCCUACCCCUACUGUAUCUAUUAAUCCUUUGACCAGAAGUCCCCCCGAAACUUCUUCACAGUUGGCUCCAAAUCCGUUACUUUUAAAUUCUACAGCAGAACAAAUGGAAGAAAUUUCUGAAUCUAUUGGAAAGAACCAGUUUACUGCUGAAAGUUCUCACUUGAAUGUUGGUCAUAGGUCAUUAAGUCAUAGCAUAAGUAUUGAAUGCAAAGGAAUUGAUAAGGAAAUCAGUGAAUCAAAAAAUACACAUCUAGAUAUUCCUAGAAUAAGUUCUUCCUUGGGGAAAAAGUCAAGUUUGACUUCUGACUCUGGUAUUCACACAAUUACUCCUUCAGUUGUUAACUUUACUAGUUUAUUUAGUAACAAACCCUUUUUAAAGCUUGGUGCAGUAGCUGCAUCUGACAAACACUGCCAAGUUGCGGAAAGCCUGAGCACGAGUUUCCAGUCCAAACCAUUAAAAAAAAGGAAAGGAAGAAAACCUCGCUGGACUAAAGUGGUGGCAAGAAGCACAUGUCGGUCUCCAAAAGGACUGGAUUUAGAAAGAUCUGAGCUGUUUAAAAAUGUUUCAUGUAGCUCACUAUCUAAUAGUUCUGAGCCAGCUAAGUUUAUGAAAAAUAUUGGAGCAUCGUCUUUUGUUGAUCACGACUUUCUUAAACGCCGAUUGCCAAAGUUGAGUAAGUCUACAGCUCCAUCUCUUGCUCUCUUAACUGACAGUGAAAAGCCAUCUCAUAAAUCUUUUAUUGCUCACAAGCUAUCCUCCAGUAUGUGUGUCACUAGUGAUCUUUUGUCGGAUAUUUAUAAACCCAAAAGAGGAAGACCUAAAUCCAAGGAAAUGCCUCAACUAGAAGGUCCACCUAAAAGGACUUUGAAAAUACCUGCCUCUAAAGUUUUUUCUUUACAGUCUAAAGAAGAACAAGAACCCCCAAUUUUACAGCCAGAAAUUGAAAUUCCUUCCUUCAAACAAAGUUUGUCUGUAUCUCCUUUUCCAAAAAAGAGAGGCAGGCCUAAGAGGCAGAUGAGAUCUCCAGUGAAGAUGAAGCCACCUGUACUGUCAGUGGCUCCAUUUGUUGCCACUGAAAGUCCAAGUAAGCUAGAGUCUGAGAGUGAGAACCAUAGGAGCAGCAGGGAUUUCUUUGAGAGUGAGGAUCAGCUUCAGGAUACAGAUGACUUAGAUGACAGUCAUAGGCAAAGUGUCUGUAGUAUGAGUGACCUUGAGAUGGAACCAGAAAAAAAAAUUAGCAAGCGAAACAAUGGACAAUUAAUGAAAACAAUUAUUCGCAAAAUAAAUAAAAUGAAGACUUUAAAGAGAAAAAAACUGUUGAAUCAGAUUCUUUCAAGUUCUGUAGAAUCAAGUAAUAAAGGAAAAGUACAAUCCAAACUUCAUAAUACAGUAUCAAGUCUUGCUGCCACAUUUGGCUCUAAAUUGGGCCAACAAAUAAAUGUCAGCAAGAAAGGAACCAUUUAUAUAGGGAAGAGGAGGGGUCGGAAACCAAAAACUGUCUUAAAUGGCCUUCUUUCUGGUAGCCCUGCCAGCCUUGCUGUGCUUGAACAAACAGCUCAGCAGGCAGCUGGGUCGGCAUUAGGACAGAUCCUUCCCCCUUUACUGCCUUCACCUGCUAGUAGCUCUGAGAUCCUUCCGUCACCUGUUUGCUCUCAGUCUUCUGGGACUAGUGGAGGUCAGAGUCCUGUUAGUAGUGACGCAGGCUUUGUUGAACCUAGUUCAGUGCCAUAUUUGCAUAUGCACUCUAGACAGGGCAGUAUGAUUCAGACUCUUGCAAUGAAGAAAGCUUCCAAGGGGAGGAGGCGAUUAUCUCCUCCUACUUUGUUGCCAAAUUCUCCUUCUCAUUUGAGUGAGCUCACAUCCUUGAAAGAAGCUACUCCUUCCCCAGUUAGUGAGUCUCAUAGUGAUGAGACUAUUCCCAGUGAUAGUGGCAUUGGGACAGACAAUAACAGCACAUCAGACAGGGCAGAGAAGUUUUGUGGACAGAAGAAGAGGAGGCAUUCUUUUGAACACAUUUCUCUGAUUCCCCCUGAAACGUCCACUGUCCUAAACAGUCUUAAAGAGAAGCAUAAACACAAAUGUAAGCGCAGGAGUCACGACUAUCUCAGCUAUGAUAAAAUGAAAAGACAGAAACGAAAACGGAAAAAGAAAUAUCCCCAGCUUCGAAAUAGGCAGGAUCCAGACUUUAUCGCCGAGCUAGAGGAGCUCAUAAGUCGUCUCAGUGAAAUUCGAAUCACCCAUCGAAGUCAUCAUUUUAUUCCCCGAGACCUCCUGCCCACCAUUUUUCGAAUUAACUUUAAUAGUUUCUAUACACAUCCUUCUUUUCCCUUAGACCCUUUGCACUACAUUCGGAAGCCUGAUUUAAAAAAGAAAAGAGGGAGGCCCCCUAAGAUGAGGGAGGCAGUGGCAGAAAUGCCUUUUAUGCACAGCCUUAGUUUUCCUUUAUCUAGUACUGGAUUUUAUCCUUCCUAUGGCAUGCCUUAUUCUCCUUCACCCCUUACAGCUGCUCCAAUAGGGUUAGGUUAUUAUGGAAGGUAUCCCCCCACUCUUUAUCCACCACCUCCAUCUCCAUCAUUCAGCACUCCACUGCCACCUCCUUCCUAUAUGCAUGCUGGUCAUUUAUUGCUCAAUCCUACCAAAUACCAUAAGAAAAAGCAUAAGCUCCUUAGGCAGGAGGCAUUUCUCACAACCAGCAGGACGCCACUCCUUUCCAUGAGCACCUACCCCAGUGUACCUCCUGAGAUGGCUUAUGGUUGGAUGGUGGAGCAUAAACACAGACAUCGUCACAAACACAGAGAGCACCGUUCUGAGCAGCCCCAGGUUUCCAUGGACUCUGGCUCUUCCAGAUCUGUCUUGGAAUCUUUGAAGCGUUACCGGUUUGGAAAGGAUACUGUUGGAGAACGAUAUAAGCAUAAGGAAAAGCACAGGUGCCACAUGUCCUGCCCUCAUCUCUCUCCUUCAAAGAGUUUAAUAAACAGAGAAGAACAGUGGGUUUCUCGAGAGCCUUCGGAAUCGAGUUCUUUAGCCUUGGGAUUGCAAACGCCUUUACAGAUUGACUGCUCGGAAAGUUCCCCAAGUUUGUCCCUUGGAGGAUUUACUCCCAGUUGUGAGCCAGCCAGCAGUGAUGAACAUAUGAACCUUUUUACAAGUGCAAUAGGCAACUGCAGAGUUUCAAACCCUAACUCCAAUUGCCGCAAGAAAUUAACUGACAGCCCUGGACUCUUUCCUGUGCAAGAUACUGCCCUGAAUCGGCCUCUCCGAAAGGAAGCCCUGCCUUCCAGUGAAAGGGCAAUUCAAGCACUGGCAGGUUCCCAGUCAACUUCAGAUAAACUUCCCCAGAGGUCAUCAGAAAGCACAAAUUGUAGCCCCACCCGUAAAAGGUCUUCAUCUGAGAGUACUUCUUCAGCAAUGAAUGGAAUUCCCUCCAGAAGUCCCAGAUUGGUUGCGUCUGUGGAUGACUCUGUAGACAGUCUGUUGCAGCGGAUAGUACAACAUGAUGAGCAAGAGUCCGUGGAGAAAAAUACCGAUGCCGCAAUUGCAACUGUGUCUGUACCUCCUUCCUCCAGUCCAGGCCACAGCUAUAGCAAAGAGCGAGCCCUAGGUAAAUCAGAUAGUCUUCUAGUAUCUGCAGUCCCAGGUGACUCUUGUAAUAAUGAUGUUCCACUCCUUUCUGAAAAGUUAGCAAGCCGAUGUUCUCCCCAUCAUAUCAAGAGAAGUGUAGUUGAAGCUAUGCAGCGCCAAGCUCGGAAAAUGUGCAAUUAUGACAAAAUCUUGGCCACCAAGAAAAACCUGGACCACGUCAAUAAAAUUUUAAAAGCCAAAAAACUUCAAAGGCAGGCCAGGACAGGGAACAAUUUUGUGAAACGCAGACCAGGUCGACCUCGGAAAUGUCCCCUCCAAGCCGUGGUAUCAAUGCAAGCAUUCCAGGCUGCCCAGUUGGUCAACCCAGACUUGAAUGAAGGUGAAGAAGUAGCACUGCGCCUAAGUCCAGACACAGUUACUGAUGUUAUCGAGGCUGUGGUUCAGAGUGUGAAUCUUAAUUCAGAACAUAAGAAGGGGUUGAAGAGGAAAAAUUGGCUGUUAGAAGAACAAACUAGGAAAAAGCAGAAGACAAUACCAGAGGAAGAAGAACAAGAAAACAAUAAAAGCUUUAUAGAAACACCAGCUGAAAUUCCCAUUCCUCUUGAAACCCCCAUCGAACCUUCUGAACCUGAAAGUACCUUGCAGCCUGUGCUGGCUCUCAUCCCACGAGAAAAGAAGGCCCCACGUCCUCCAAAGAAAAAGUACCAGAGAGCUGGGCUGUAUUCUGAUGUUUACAAAACCACAGACCCAAAGAGCCGAUUAAUCCAAUUAAAGAAAGAGAAGCUGGAGUACACCCCGGGAGAGCAUGAGCACGGACUGUUCCCAGCGCCCAUCCACGUUGGAAAGUACCUGAGACAGAAGAGAAUUGACUUCCAGCUUCCCUAUGAUAUCCUCUGGCAGUGGAAACACAAUCAGCUAUACAAAAAACCAGAUGUCCCCCUGUAUAAAAAAAUUCGUUCAAAUGUCUACGUUGAUGUCAAACCUCUUUCUGGUUAUGAGGCUACCACCUGUAACUGUAAGAAGCCGGAUGAUGCCGCCAGGAAGGGCUGUGGGGAUGACUGCCUCAAUAGAAUGAUCUUUGCUGAAUGUUCCCCUAACACUUGCCCAUGUGGUGAGCAGUGCUGUAACCAGAGGAUACAGAGGCAUGAGUGGGUGCAAUGUCUGGAACGAUUUCGAGCUGAAGAAAAAGGUUGGGGAAUUAGAACCAAGGAACCCCUGAAAGCUGGCCAGUUCAUCAUAGAAUACCUAGGGGAAGUUGUCAGCGAACAAGAAUUCAGGAACAGAAUGAUUGAACAGUAUCAUAAUCACAGUGACCAUUACUGUUUGAACCUGGAUAGCGGAAUGGUGAUUGACAGUUAUCGCAUGGGAAAUGAGGCCAGAUUCAUCAACCACAGCUGUGACCCAAAUUGUGAAAUGCAGAAAUGGUCUGUUAAUGGAGUAUACCGUAUUGGACUCUAUGCACUUAAGGACGUGCCAGCUGGGACUGAGCUCACCUAUGAUUACAACUUUCAUUCCUUCAAUGUUGAAAAACAGCAACUUUGUAAAUGUGGUUUUGAGAAGUGUAGAGGAAUCAUCGGAGGCAAAAGUCAGCGGAUGAAUGGACUCACUAGCCAUAAAAGCAGCCAGCCUGUGAGCACACAUAAAAAAUAUGGACGGUCGAAAGAGAAGAGGAAGUCUAAACACAAGCUGAAGAAAAGGAGAGGCCACCCCUCUGAAGAGCCCAGUGAAAACGUCAGUACCCCAACAAGAUUGACUCCACAAGUACAGAUGAAGCCAAUGUCCAACAGAGAGAGAAACUUUAUAUUAAAGCAUCAUGUGUUCUUGGUCCGAAACUGGGAAAAGAUUCAUCAGAAACAAGAAGAAGUAAAGCACAACCGUGACAUCCACUCAACAUCAUUGUACACCCGUUGGAAUGGCAUCUGCAGAGAUGAUGGGAAUAUUAAAUCUGAUGUCUUCAUGACCCAGUUCUCUGCCCUGCAGACAGCUAGGUCUGUUCGAACAAGACGCUUGGCAGCCGCAGAGGAAAACCUGGAAGUGGCUCGGGCAGCACGCCUAGCACAGAUCUUCAAAGAGAUCUGUGAUGGUAUCAUCUCUUACAAAGGUAUGCUUGUCACUGACCCUCUCCUGAGAAGCCCUAGAUCUCAUGAACCAACAACAUUGUAGCAUUAUGAAUUUAAGAGAUGAAUUUGUUCCUGUUGUUGUUAUUAGAUAAGAGAUUUUAGUUUUCUUUUUCAUGAGUAUGGGAGCCUGCACUUACCUGUGCCCUA